UUUGUUUCUACAUUAUUCGAGCAUCUGAUUCAUGUUUAUAAAUGUCACCAAUAUUCUCAUCAUCCUAAAAGAAGACUUGUUUCAACACGAACAGGAAUAACUCCAGGUGUUUCAACUGAGAUCUGCGGGAUAAAACAUUGUAAAAUGAUGUUUAUUAAAGAAGAGAGUGAGGACAUGAGUUAUCCAGAAUCAUGCAGUUCAAAUGUCAUGAAAAAUGAAGAUACUGAGGAACAAAGAGGUCUGAUGGACGUGAAAAAGGAAAGUCAAGCACUGAAUGAAGUAAAGGAGGAGAAACACCAUCCGGAUCUUUAUAGUUUCAAAACUGAAAAAAACUCUUUUAGUGACUCAAAGACUGAAAAGAAAUUCUCACAAAAAAGAACUCGACAACCAAAAGCCAAAAAUUCUUUCAACUGCCAUCAAUGUGGCAAUACUUUUACACAAAAAGGAAGUCUUAUUAAACACAUGAGAAUUCACACUGGUGAGAAGCCUUUCAAAUGCCAUCAGUGUGGGAAUAGUUUUAGAUAUAAAGAAAGUCUUACUGAGCACAUCAGAAUACACACUGGAGAGAAGCCUUUCACUUGCCAUCAGUGUGGGAAUAGUUUUAGACAUAAAGUAAGUCUUACUAAUCACAUGAGAAUUCACACUGGUGAGAAGCCUUUCAAAUGCCAUCAGUGUGGGAAGAGUUUCAGACAAGCAUGUAGUCUCAAAAUUCAUUUGUCAUUUCACUCUGGAGAAAAGUCAUAUUGCUGUGAUCAGUGCGGCAAAAACUUUUCUUCAAGAUCAAUCUUAAGAACACACUGGAAAAUUCAUACAAAUGAGAAGCCUUACUUGUGUUCAGUUUGUGGUAAGAGUUUUUUACAUGUGCACAGUUUAAAAGACCACCAGAGAAAACACACCGGUGUGAAAGAUCAUGUGUGCUCUGAGUGUGGGAAGGCCUUUCACAGAGCUUCUUACUUGGAACUGCACAAAAGAGUCCAUACUGGAGAAAAACCUUACAAGUGUUCACAUUGUGGAAAGAGUUUCACUAUUUCUGGAAGCCUGAAAAAACAUGAGAGAUUGCAUACUGGAGAGGGGCUGUACCACUGCACUUCAUGUGGGAAGAGUUUUAUUACGGCAGGAAACCUUAAAGAACAUGAGAGAGUGCAUACUGGAGAGAAGCCAUACCACUGCACUUCAUGUGAAAAGAGUUUCAUAAGGUCAGGAGACCUGAAAAAACACAAGAGAGUUCAUACUGGAGAGAAGCCGUACCACUGCACUUCAUGUGAAAAGAGUUUCAGUAGGUCAGUAGACCUGAAAAAACACGAGAGAUUGCAUACUGGAGAUAAGCCAUACCACUGCACUUCAUGUGAAAAGAGUUUCUUUACGCCAGGAGACCUGAAAAAACACGAGAGAUUGCAUACUGGAGAGAAGCCGUAUAACUGCAGUUCAUGUGGUAAGAGAUUUAUUAAGGCAGGAAACCUGAAAGCACACGAGAGAAUGCAUACUGGAGAGAAGCCUUACAAUUGCACUUCAUGUGGGAAGAAUUUUAUUAAGGCAGGAAACCUGAAAGCACAUGAGAGAAUGCAUACUGGAGAGAAGCCGUACCACUGCACUUCAUGUGAAAAGAGUUUCAGUAGGUCAGUAGACCUGAAAAAACACGAGAGAUUGCAUACUGGAGAUAAGCCAUACCACUGCACUUCAUGUGAAAAGAGUUUCUUUACGCCAGGAGACCUGAAAAAACACGAGAGAUUGCAUACUGGAGAGAAGCCGUAUAACUGCAGUUCAUGUGGUAAGAGAUUUAUUAAGGCAGGAAACCUGAAAGCACACGAGAGAAUGCAUACUGGAGAGAAGCCUUACAAUUGCACUUCAUGUGGGAAGAAUUUUAUUAAGGCAGGAAACCUGAAAGCACAUGAGAGAAUGCAUACUGGAGAGAAGCCGUACCACUGCACUUCAUGUGAAAAGAGUUUCAGUAGGUCAGGAGACCUGAAAAAACACAAGAGAUUGCAUACUUGAGAGAAACCGUAUAACUGCACUUAAUGUGAGAAGAGUUUCAGCCAAUUAGGCUCUCUUCAGACUCAUAAAAAACAAUGUUGUCCAGUCUUUUCACAUUGAGCUUAAUCAAUCUUUAUUUGCAUUGCAAACAGUAUGAAAUAAAAAUAAAAAAAACGAGAUGGAAUUUUUCUGAAAAUAACAAUUACAAUUAAGUAGGUGAAUUGCUACGUUACCUGUUGUGCUGAUUGUGCUGUCAUUCUAUGUAAGAAGGUAGAAAGUUGUUUGUACAUUCUCGACCAACUAGAAGGAAGAAAACAAUUGUUAAUGCUGUGAAAUACAGCAGUAUUUGUAUGAAUUCUAUUCUUCUAUGAUUGGGAGUAGCAAUGGUGCUAAAUGAUGUUAGCAAUGACAGAAUUAUUCUAGUAGUCAAUAUGUUGUUAGCUGUUGUGGUGAACAAUCGGACAGAAUGACAUUUCAGAGCCAGUUCAUGGCAAAGCCCCUCCCAAAACUGUCAAGGAAAGAAAAAGUGGCUCCAUUUUGGUUGGAUCAUGUUGGACCAACACGAAGAGUUGCCACGCAACCAUCAGAUAAGCUAUACGGCCAAUUGCCAGACAACUCAGAAAGUAGGCCCUGAACCAGGGUUCGUACAAGGUGCUUGAAGUGCUUGAAGUACUUGAAUUGAACUUUUUCAAAUUUAAGUCCUGGAAAACUCUUGAAAAUAGCCAUUUUUACCAAGAGGUGCUUAAAAAGUUCUUGAAUUAUAGAAAAUCUUAAAAUAUGUUGCUUAAAUCAUGUAAUAAAUGAAAUGUAUCUAUUUCUUUUUGGAAAAACACGACGACAGACCGCUAGACCACUGCUGAAGCAGGCAGCGCAUAGACGGCGCUGUCACGUGGCACCUGUUACUUUUGGCAACACUGUUCAGAAUGGGCCAAUCACAAUCAAGUGUUACUGAAGGAUUUAAAAAAUAUAUAUUUUAUAGAUACUGCUGUUGCGGAUUUAACAAGUAUGAAUCCUUGCAACUAUCAGUUUUAAUUACAAUUUACUCUCCAGAGUGAAAAAAUUAUAUGAGAUGUAAAACGUUUUGAAUGAUUUGAAUGCAGAUCAAUGGAGGAUUCAGUUUUGUGAGCCGUCUAGUGCCCCCUUCUGUAAAGGAAGUUUUGUGUCUCACAAAAUAUGUUAUUUCUGACAACAUUUGGGUCAAUAUCAAAAUAUGUUGACAAAUAUGUCCCUUAACUUUUUUAGUCAUGAAAAAGCUUUCAAAUAACAAAAAAAUAAAAUAAAUAAAUAUAUAUUUUAUAUAUAUAUAUAUAUAUAUAUAUAUAUAUAUAUAUAACUUUAUGUAGAGCCGAGGAGGGCGGGGCCGGGCUGGAAUGAUGCACGCCCGGUCCCCACUCAGCCUGAUGGUGCGCACAAGGGAUAAAGGCGGCCAGGGACGACAGUUCGAGAGAGAGAGAAUUACAGGCAGCUGCACUGUGUGUGUUUAUGGUUGUGUGUUUUUGUUUAAGUUGUUCAUUAAAUUAUUAUUUAAGUUGUCAAGCCAGUUCUCACCUCCUCCUUUCCACUGAACCCCCUUACACUUUAUAACCUAACCUUUAAUGAUAUGAAAUGGCUUGACUCAAGAACUGCCUGUAAAAUAACAAACCAGGGAGGGACUCUUUCAGGUGGAAGUGACCAAUGAGCCAAAUGUCUGAGACUGAACGCAUAUUAAUAAAACAAAAUCUUGGGUAGGCCUAGCCCACCUUUGUCUAUCGGCCUAUGUAACUUAUUAAAAUGUAAUCCGGGACAUUUACCAUUCCAAAUGAAGGACUUCGCUAUGCUAUCAAAUUGCUUGAAAUAAGAGAGGGGGACAUCUACAGGAAGAGAUUGUAGCAGGUAGUUAAAUUUUGGAAUAAAAUUCAUUUUAAUAACAUUAACCUUCCCAGUCAUCAAUAAAUGUAAUGAAGCCCACCUGCCCACAUCGCUCGAAAACCUUUUUAUUAAAGGGUCAAAAUGAACACUAACUAAAUCAGACAAAUUUGCUGGGAAUAAAAUCCCCAAAUACUUAAUGCCCUGUUUGGGCCACUAGAAGGCGCCCGGCUGGAAAGCCGUUACUGGGCAGUACACUGACAGAGCCAAAGCUUCGGAUUUAGACCAACUGACUUUGUGUCCUAAGAACUUGAAAAGGGAUUAAUAAUUCUGUGGAGACAAGGCAUAGAUCUAGUAGGUUCAGAGACAAAUAAUAAAAUAUCAUCUGCGUAAAGCAGAAGCUUAUGCGCCACACCUCCCGCAACCACCCCUGAAAAAUCAUCCUCCUUUCUUAUCGUGGCUGCUAAUGGUUCCAGGGCAAGACAGAACAAUAAUGGGGAAAGAGGGCAACCCUGACGAGUGCCCCUAUCCAGAGUAAAAUAAUCUGAAAUUAAUCAAUUUUUUUGUACCGCUGCUACAGGGUGUCUAUAAAGUAACUUAAUCCAACCAGUAAAUGUAUUCCCGAACCCGUAUAUUUCCAAAAUCUUAAAAAGAUAAUCCUGUUCUACAAUAUCAAACGCCUUUUCGGCAUCAAGUGAGAUGGCAGAGACCGGAGACUGAUCAUUAGCUACUGACCACAUGACAUUGAUGAGAUGCCUGAUGUUAUCAGAAGAGCUGCGGCCCCGAAUAAACCCCAACUGAUCUAUAUGUGUAAGAGAUGUCAUAACUUUACUUAAUCGGUUAGCCAACAUUGUUGACAAUAUUUUUACAUCUAGUUGGAUCAGGGAGAUUGGACGGUAACUUUUACACUCGCUUGGAUCUUUGUCCUUUUUAAGAAUCAGACUGAUCUGGGCUUGUGUCAUGGUUGGAGGAAGCUUUCCAUUCUUUAAUGAUUCAGUAUAAACUUCUAACAAAAGUGGAGCCAGUUCUGAAGCAUAGGAUCUAAAAAAUUCUGCGGCAAAACCAUCUGGCCCCAGAGCCUUGCCAGUAGGUAGGGACUUAAUUACCUCGUCAAGUUCCUCCAAGGUUAUCUCUGAAUCAAGAGUUUUUUGCUCAGUCUUCGGUUUAGGAACAUCUAAUAGUUCCACAAAGUUUCUAAUAUCUUCAUCAGUAGACGAAGACGUGGAACUAUAAAGAUCAAGAUAGAACUCUUUAGAGGCAUUAUUAAUAUCAAUGGCUGAGGUAAAUAUUUCACCACCAGCAGAUUUCACUGAGGUAAUGGUAGAAAACGACUCUCUCUGCUUUAUGUAUCUAACCAAAAGCUUCCCUGCUUUGUCCCCCGACUCAAAGUAUGACUGUCUUGCCCUGAAUAACUAAAACUCCACUUUCUGCGACAAAAUAGUAUUAUAUCUAUAUUUCAAUCGGGUUAAUUCUCUGAGGCCAUCAGAUGACAUACGGCGCUUCAGCUCUGCCUCUGCACUUUUAAUAUUCUCUUCCAACUCCACGAGUUCUCGUGCUUUGGAUUUUUUGAUGAAUGAGGCAUACUGUAUGAUCCGACCCCUAAGAACUGCCUUAAGUGCCUCCCAAGCCACGCCCACAGAGGACCAGUUGGUCUCCAUAUAAACACUGAUUUCAGUCUUUAACAUUUGUUGGAAAUCAGGAUUUUGCAAAAGGGAUACAUUAAAGCGCCAACUAUAUGAUUUCUUUUUCUCCAUAUGUGGCAACACCUCUAAACUCACCAGGGUGUGAUCCGAGACUAAAAUGUUUCCAAUUCAGCCAUCAACAACAGAUGAAAUGAGGGAUUUGGAUAUGUAAAAAAAUCUGUUCUAGAAUAAAUCUUAUGGACUGAUGAAAAAAAUUUAUAGUCUCUACCAGAUGGGUUCAAAAGUCUCCACAUAUCUGUAAGACCAAGAUUUUUACACAUCCUGUGAAGCGUCAAUGUUGCUCUAGGGGGCUUACACACUUUUGCUUCACUAUGAUCAAGGACCGAGUCCAUCAAAAGAUUAAAAUCUUCUCCCAAUAUUAUAUCAUGAGGGGUGCCAGCGGCUUGCAACAUCCCUUCAAGAUCGAUAAAAAAGCCCUGAUCAUCAGUGUUAGGUGCAUAAAUAUUAGCCAAAAUCAGGAUUUGCCCCUGAAUUUCUGCUAAAACUAUAAUGACUCUUCCUAAUUUAUCAUUAAAGUGUUUGAGACAUUUGAAUUGUAAAUGUUUAUUUACCAGUAUAAUGACUCCCUUGCUCUUACUUGAGCCAACACUAAAGAAAACAUGUUCACCCCAUAUCUUCCCAAAUUUUUCAGCUUCCUGCGGAGAAAGAUGCGUUUCUUGAAGAAACACUAUAUCAUAUUUCUUACGCUUAAGAAAAGAAAUAACCGUCCUUCUUUUUAUAGGGUGCCCCAACCCAUUAACAUUCCAUGUGGAGAGAGAUAGUACACUCAUAUUAACAUUUGAUAUAAUAGAAAAAAUCAAUUAGGUGCCAAAAACAAAAUUAUGAAGACCACAUUUCAGCAUUAAUGCAACAAUAAAACCCUGAACUUCCCCCCGAACAAAACAAACAGAAAAAGAAAAGCGUGCGCAUUAACCCCACGCACGAAAGCGCCAACUGGCAUCAAUCCCUUUAAACUCAAAGAGUCCAUGUACGCCUACGAGAGCCCCCGCGACAACUUUGCCAUCGGAUUGCUCCAUUUUGCCUCACAAAUUUGUAAGGCAAAAUUACAUAACAUAAAAUAUUUUGUAAAACAAUCCCCAGCCAAUAGGCAGAAUAAACACAAAGAACAUGUAGACUCAUUCACAGAACUGUCUCGAAGGUGUGUUCCUUCACAAAACAAAUUCCAGCCGAUAUAAAGCCGUUAAUUUUCCUCGGACAGACAAACGAAUCUUCAGUGAGCCAGCUGAUGAGUGCAGCAGAUGACGUAAUCAUUCCAGUGUCCCACGAAAAUACUCCACAAAUCAUACUCCAGCUAACAGGAGGCAUAAGCACAAGGAACUGACAGAUUCAUCCAUAACUGUCCCGAAGUAAUGUUAUUUAACAAAACAAGCUCCAACCGCCAGGUGAUACCAGCACAAAAGGAAACGAAACACGCAUACCGGUGUAGGGCUUUACUGGUUGUUUAGAUCAGUGUUACUAUCAGAAAUAAUUAAUAAUUAUUAUUAUUAAAUAAUAUUUAUUUAUUAAAUAUUAAAUAAUUAUUAAUUAUUAUUAAAUAAUUAAUAAUUAUUUCUGUAGUUAUUAAUCAAUAUUUAAAUUAAUUAAUUGUAUCUAACUCAUUAAAACCUCAUAUGGGACUCCAGUAAAUGUAGUGUGCUACGUUUAGGAGCAAGUUUGGUUAUUAGCAAUAAUUAAUAAUUAUCAAAGAUAAUUAUUAAUUAUUAAAAUCAAUAGAACAUUGAUGAGAAUCAAUGUUAGCUUUUUUUAAUCCUUUAAAUCAACAGUUAUCAAAGAUAAUCGUUAAUUGUUAACGUCGAUGAAACAUUAAUUAAAAUUAACACUAGCUUAUUGAUCAUUCAAAUUCAAAGAUAAUUAUCAAUUAUCAAAAAUCAAAAAUCAAUAGAAUAUUAAUAAGGAUUAACAUUGACGGGGCACCACCCUGAAAUCAGGGACUAAUAACCGAAUA